AUGGAAGAAACCAUCAAGAAGCGCAAUAAUCUCUUCGAAAAAAUUAAAUGGGAGCUCGAGACAGCAAGGAGAGUGGAAACGCGCAAUCCCCCAGUGUGUGAGGUUAGGGAACGCCUUAGCCGUUUGCACACUCUGGGCACCACCUUUUUUGACAUCCAGGACGAGAUUGAGGAGCAAACCGAAUCACUCGAGGCGGUCGCUUCGGUUUUCAACUACCGCACCGAGUUCGAGGAUCGGUACUAUGCGGCCAAGGCGAUUUACUCCGGAUUGGAAGAUUCUUCCGACAUUAGCGAGGACACCGAGGGCGGUUCCAGUCGGGGAAUCAAGAACGCGAUCGAAACCUUGAUCCAGGCGCAGCAGGUGCUUCUGUCCAGCCAAGCUACAGUUUCAACUCGCACCAACGAGUUAACUGUCCAGCUCAACGAAAUGCGACAGAUUGGAUUCCAAGGUGCACACCCGGCAGAACAGCAGCUCAACGUAAGAUUGCCUCCAAUCAACAUCCCGAUCUUCAAAGGCAACCGGAAGGAGUGGCAGUCUUUCAAGGACCUAUACACUAGCACCAUCCACAACAAGCCAACGUUGCCAAAUUCCCAGAAGCUCCAGUAUUUGCUUUCCUACUUGGACGGCGAAGCAAAAUCCCUGGUGAAUUCUUUCACCAUCACCGAUGCCAACUACCUCCAAGUGUGGGAACGACUGCUGGAACGCUACGACAAACCCAAGUAUACGGUAUUCGCUUUGGUGAAAGAAUUCCUGGAUCAGCCAGCAGUUACUUCCUCCUCCAAUCAAGUGAGCCUGCGGAAAUUGGUGACAACAUCCGACGAGGUGAUCAGGCAGCUAGACGCUAUGGGUGAAGCCUACCGAACCCGAGACGCCUGGUUGAUUCAUCUUCUGCUGGAGAAAAUCGACAAGGAAACCCGAGCACUGUGGGCACAAAAAAUCGUCGAGCUGGAGAAUCCCACAUUCCAACAGUUCCUGGCAUUCCUCGAGAACCGAUGUGACGCUCUGGAAACUUGCUCUUCCUUCACCAACAGCAAGUCAUCAUGGGGAGAAGUGAAGAAAGAAGUUCGCAUCCAGACCAGGUCCGCCGAGAAGAAGGUUUCGAGUUACCACACAACACCUCAUCAGUGCUCACUGUGCUCCGAACAACACCAACUUUACCACUGCAAGCAGUUCCUGCAAUCAACCACAGCCACCCGGAGAGAGUUAGUGCAGAAAUCAAAUCUGUGCUUCAACUGCCUCCGCCCGGCCCACUCCGUUCGAAACUGCACAUCGAAAACCAGCUGUCGAAAUGAAGGAUGCAAGCAGCGGCACCAUACGCUCCUCUGUCAACUUGGUGACAGUCAGGAAUCUAUGGUCCGGUCCACCUUCGUGUCAACAUCAAUCAACUCUUCGAUCCAGCAGCCCGAAUUUGAAACGCAGCCGUCGGCGGAGGUGUCAAGCUUCAAAGCCGAAAUCAACCCAUCCGAAACGACCACCAAGAUUUCAGUCCUACCAACAGCACUCAUCCGACUUCGAAAUCGAAAUGGCUCUUUCCAGCUAGUGAGAGCGAUGAUCGAUUCCGGUUCCGGCACAACACUCAUCAGUGAGGCGUGUGUGUCGAGCCUCGGACUCAGCAGAAACAACGCAAGACUUCCCGUCACCGGUGUAGCUGGUGCCAAAGCCGGUACCACAAAAGGCGCGGUGCGAUUGGAAAUCGCAUCCCGAUUCAACGACGACAUCGUACUGACAACCCAAGCCUACAUCCUCGAAGUUCUGGCAUCACCAACACCGUGCCAGCUCUUUGACACCAAACAAUCGCACUUCUUGCGCGAUUUGCCGCUGGCGGAUCCUGGCUUCAAUAAGCCGGGGCCAAUCGACGUCAUCCUGGGGGUGGAAGUGUUUCUGCCCAUUUUACAAGCAGGCCAAGUCACCGACGAAGAUGGUUUACCGGUCGCACAGAGGUCCGUGCUCGGCUGGUUGGUCGCCGGAAGAAUUUCUGGUGAAAGCAGCAUCCAAACGCAUCAGGUGUCCUACACUGUGCAGCUCGAUGUGAACAUCGAUCGAGCUCUGCGCAGCUUCUGGGAGACCGAAGAGAUUCCACAGGCAAAACUUCUCACCGCAGACGAACAACGUGUGGUGGAAUUGUUCGAAACAAAACACAAGCGCAACGAAACGGGCCGAUUCGUUGUUCGGCUUCCUUUUGACGAAACCAAACCCGCCCUGGGAGAAUCGCUGAACGCGGCCGUCAAACGGUUGCAUUCCAUGGAACGGCGAUUCAUCAGAAAUCCAUCCUUCAAGCAACUUUACGUGGACUUCAUGGCGGAGUAUCAGCAACUGGGCCACAUGGAGCUGAUUCCGUCAUCCGAGGUAACAACGCAACCAAGUAAGUGCUUUUAUUUACCCCAUCACGCCGUGGAGAAACAUGACAGCGCAACAACCAAACUGCGAGUCAUUUUCGAUGGCUCAUCCAAGACCAGCACUGGCGUCUCACUAAACGACCGACUGUUAGUGGGACCAAACAACACCGAAGACCUAUUCGACGUUCUGUGUCGCUUUCGAACCUAUCCAAUUGUGUUCAUGAGCGAUGUGGAAAAAAUGUACAGGCAAGUUUUAGUCGACGAUCGAGACACCGACUAUCAACGAAUCGUUUGGCGAGAAGACCCGGAACAACCAAUCCAACACUAUCGACUGAAAACCGUGACGUAUGGCACCUCCAGCGCUGCGUAUCUUGCCACCGAAGCACUCAAGCAGGCAGCCCGAGACUGUGCCGAAGAAUACCAACAAGCCAGCCAGGUCAUCUUGAAAGGGUCCUAUGUUGACGACAUCAUCAGCGGUGCACGUUCCAUCGACGAGGCAAAAAAUCUGGUUUCUCAAAUUAGGUCGAUACUUGAGAAAGCCGGAUUCAAACUCAGAAAGUGGAGCUCAAACAAUCCCGAACUUUUGGACAGCUUAACCGACACAAGAGAUGGUCCCAUUCCGAUUGAAUUCAUCAGCAGCAGCAAUUCAAUCAAAGCACUCGGCAUCCGAUGGUCGCCCAGCACCGAUUGCUUUGAUUUCAAAGUUUCUCUGGAUCCAACGAGCGUAAACACAAAACGGCAAUUACUUUUCGAUGCAUCCAAAUUAUUCGAUCCCUUUGGUUGGCUCUCACCCACAAUCGUCAAGGUCAAAAUUUUAUUCCAACAACUUUGGUUACACGAUUUGUCGUGGGACGAUCCCUUACCUGCGGCAAUUGAACAAGAGUGGAUCACCGUCAAGCACAACCUUCAUCAGCUGGAAGAAAUCAAAAUUCCCCGAUUCAUCACUAACGACGAACAGGUGCAACUGAUUGGUUUCUGCGACGCAUCCGAAUCGGCAUAUGCUGCAGUAGUGUAUGGUCGAUGGGUGAACAAAUCUGGCGUCGUCGAAGUCAAUCUCAUCGCUGCUAAAACGAAAGUGGCACCCAUCAAGCAAAUCACCCUCCCACGUUUGGAAUUGAACGCAGCUGUACUGCUGAGCAAAUUGAUUAACAAAAUUUCAAAUUCACUCAGCCAUCUCAAAAUCGAAACAUUCGUUUGGACCGAUUCCACUGUCGUUUUGGAAUGGUUGUCUUCACAUCCCAAACGGUGGAAGAAUUUUGUUGCAAACCGAACAUCGACAAUUUUAGAUACCCUCCCCAGAAGCAUGUGGCAUAAUGUUUCCUCCAAGGACAAUCCAGCUGAUUGUGCAUCUCGCGGAAUCCCUCCAAUCGAACUCGUCACACACGACCUGUGGUGGACAGGUCCCUCCUGGCUUUACGACGAAGCCUCCUUUUUGGAACAUAUCAACACGAAAGAUACGAUCUAUAACGUACCCGAAGACGUCCUCGAGCAGCGACCAGCCGUUACUUAUGUCACCACAGUGCAGUCCGAGCCAAUGGUGGCUCAAUAUAUUUUGGAACGUUAUUCUUCGCUACGAUAUGCAUCCCGCAUACUCGCAUCAAUCAACCGUUAUGUGAACAAUGUCAAGGCGAAUUGUAAGGCCAAGAAAACAAUUCGAAUCGUUGGUGCUCUAACUCCCGAUGAAUUAUCAGCGGCCAAUUUGCAGCUAGCCAAGGUGGCCCAACAAGACGCAUUCGGUUCCGAAUUGAAGGCUCUUCAAAAUGGUGCUGAGGUCGGUCGACGCAGCAAGCUCAAGUCGUUACAUCCGUUCAUCGAUGGGAAAGGCAUUCUACGUGUUGGUGGGAGACUUCAAAACGCAAAUAUUCCGUACGAAAUGAAACAUCCAGUUAUUUUGCCACGAGACCACAGGUACACUUUAUUGCUCAUCCAACAAGUACAUUUGGACAAUUUACACGCUGGUCCAACGCUUAUGAUCGCAACACUUAAUCAGCGCUACUGGGUCAUCGGGUGUCAAACCAUCGUCCGACAGCAAACAUCGAAGUCAUCGAAGUGCCCUCGUUGCUGCCGCAUGAAAGCAAAAACAGCUGCACAGCUUAUGGGUAGCCUUCCAGCGGUCCGAAUGAUGCCAGUCCGUGCCUUCAUCCAUGUUGGUAUUGACUACGCCGGUCCAAUAUUCAUCAAGAGCUGCAACCCAAGAAAACCGUACGUGACGAAAGGAUACAUUGUUGUUGUAGUGUGCCUUUCAACGAAGGCCAUUCAUCUUGAAUUAGCCAGCGAUUUAUCAUCCAAUGGUUUCCUUCUGGCUCUCAAGAGGUUCAUCGCUCGUCGUGGUCUCUGCACGGAAAUAUGGUCCGACAAUGGGACUAACUUUGUCGGGGCAGACAAUCAACUCCAAGGCUUCUUCCAAUCGAACGAAUUCAAGCAGCGUGCCGAACGAUUCUCCUCCAAUGUUGGCAUCAAAUGGACGUUCAUCACACCAUCGGCGCCCCACAUGGGUGGGCUAUGGGAAGUGGCUGUUAAGAGUGCCAAAACGCAUCUGUACAAGGUCCUGAAAAAUGAAAAGAAGACGUAUGAGGAAUUGUACACCAUAUUGACGCAAACAGAGGCUUGUCUCAACUCAAGACCUUUGUGUGCUCUAUCCAGUUCUCCGGACAGUUGUGAUGCUCUCACUCCAGGGCAUUUCAUUAUUGGUCAACCACUCAACCUAUUACCCGAACCAGGUGUCCCGAAUGCUCCAAUCAACCGGUUGGACAAAUUCCAGGUGCUGCAGAAACAGGUGGCAGACGUUUGGUCCCGAUGGAAAGACGAAUACAUCACUUCGCUACAACCACGAACCAAAUGGCAGUCCCCGGCCGACAAUCUCCGAGUUGGUCAACUGGUGUUGGUCAAGAACGAAAACAUCCCACCCGGCCAAUGGGAACUGGCUAGGAUCAUCGCAGUGCAUCCGGACCCCGCUGGUUCGGUCCGAAACGUCACCCUUCGCAGAGGUUCAACCGAAUAUGAUCGUCCGAUCCACCGACUGGUCCCGAUUCCUUCCGAUUGA